GCGACGGAUAUACGGUUCUGCGGUUUUUACCUCAAGUUGAUCUUCUCUCAACUUGAUAUGGGGGUGGCGUGUGGGGGCGUCUGCGAGUAGCUCCCGAGCCGACUCGCAGCAGCGGCCCGGCAAGUGCCCUUCGCCCCCGGGUGGCCCUCGCCCGCCCUGUGGCUCUCGCCAAGAUGACCACCCACCUUGCCUCCUUUCCUUCUGACCCUGAGUGUCGAGUCCGGAGCACGUUGAAGAAGGUGUUUGGAUUUGACUCGUUUAAGACACCUUUACAGGAGAGUGCCACCAUGGCUGUAGUGACAGGUUGCAAGGAUGUUUUUGUGUGCAUGCCCACAGGGGCCGGAAAAUCCCUCUGCUAUCAGCUCCCUGCCCUGUUGGCCAAAGGCAUCACCAUUGUCAUCUCUCCUCUCAUUGCCCUGAUCCAGGACCAAGUGGACCACUUGCUGGCCCUGAAGGUACAAGUGAGCUCUCUGAACUCGAAGCUCUCGGCACAGGAGAAGAAGGAGCUGCUCUCUGACCUGGAGCGAGAAAAGCCCCAGACCAAACUUUUGUAUAUCACCCCAGAGAUGGCAGCUUCAGCCUCCUUCCAGCCCACCCUGAACUCCCUGGUCUCCCGCCACCUUCUCUCCUGUUUGGUGGUGGAUGAAGCUCAUUGUGUUUCCCAGUGGGGGCACGACUUCCGUCCUGACUACUUGCGUCUGGGUGCCCUACGCGCCCGCCUGUCCCAUGCCCCAUGCGUGGCUCUGACCGCCACAGCCACCCCGCAGGUCCAGGAGGAUGUGUUUGCUGCCUUGCACCUGAAGCAACCAGUUGCCACCUUUAAGACUCCUUGCUUCCGGGCCAACCUCUUCUAUGAUGUGCAAUUCAAGGAACUGCUUUCUGAUCCCUAUGGGAAUCUGAGGGACUUCUGCCUUAAGGCUCUUGGACAGAAGGCUGAUAAAGAGUUGUUCUCAGGCUGCGGCAUUGUGUACUGCAGAACCCGAGAGGCUUGUGAGCAGCUGGCGAUAGAGCUCAGUUACAGGGGUGUGAAUGCCAAGCCUUACCAUGCAGGUCUGAAGGCUUCUGAAAGAACGCUGGUGCAGAAUGAGUGGAUGGAGGAGAAGGUCCCUGUAAUUGUUGCAACAAUUAGUUUCGGGAUGGGAGUGGAUAAAGCCAAUGUCAGGUUUGUCGCCCACUGGAAUAUUGCCAAGUCUAUGGCUGGGUACUACCAGGAGUCUGGCCGGGCCGGCAGGGAUGGGGAGCCUUCUUGGUGCCGUCUCUAUUACUCCAGGAAUGACCGGGACCAAGUCAGCUUCCUGAUCAGGAAGGAAAUAGCAAAACUCCAGGAAAAGAGAGGGAACAAAGCAUCUGAUAAAGCUGCCAUGUUGGCCUUUGAUGCCCUGGUGACCUUCUGUGAAGAACUGGGGUGCCGCCACGCUGCCAUUGCCAGGUACUUCGGGGAUGCACCACCUGCCUGCACCAAAGGCUGUGACCACUGCCAGAACCCUGCCGCCGUGCGCAGGCAGCUGGACGCCUUGGAGCACAGCACCAGCUGGAGCAAGACCUGCAUCCAGCCCUCCCAGGGGGGUGGCUUCGACCCAGAGCUGUACGAGGGAGGCCGUGCAGGGCCCAGGGGUUUUAGCAGGUAUGACGAAGGUUCUGGAGGCAGCGGGGACGAGGGCAGAGAUGAGGCCCACAAGCGGGAGUGGAACCUCUUCUAUCAGAGGCAGAUGCGCCUGCGCAAGGGAAAAGUCCCCCAGGUGGAAGAAUUCGUACCCCCAGGUGAGGACUGUCCCCUGAGAGAGGCUUCCAGCAGGAGGAUCCCCAGGCUCCCUGUGAAGGCCCGUGAGCACUGCCUGAGGCUUCUGGAGGAGGCGCUGAGCAGCAACCGCCAGGCUGCAGGCACCACCGAGGGAGCUGACCUCCAGGCCAAGGCCGUGGAGCUGGAACAUGAGACCUUCCAAAAUGCCAAGGUGGCCAACCUGUACAAGGCCAGCGUGCUGAAGAAGGUGGCUGAGAUCCACAAAGCCUCCAAGGAUGGGCAGCUCUACUCUGACGGGGGAGGUGCUGCCAAGAGCUGUGGUGCCCAGGCUGCGCUCCCAGAGCCUGACGAGCAUGACAUCCUGCCGGCUUCCCAGGUGUACUCGCCCAAACCCAGGCGGGUGGGUGCCGGUGCCCCCAAAGGCUCCUGCCCCUUCCAGACAGCCACCGAGCUGAUGGCGAAGACCCAGGCCCAGGAGUUGGCUCCCCAGCCCAGGCAGGGAGGCAACCAGGAGCUGCCCAGCCAGCCCCAUGGCCUCCAGGAUGAGGCUUGGAAUGAGGCCCUCCCUGGGCCCAGCAGCAAGGCCCCUGGAUGUGCUGAGAAUGGGGACCCCUCCCCUGAGAAGAAGGCAAAAGGCUCCUCCUCCAGGGGCAGCCCCCUUGCCAAGGCCCCGGCCAACAAGAAGCAGCAGCUUCUAGCCGAAGCGGCCCGGAAGGAUUCUCAGAACAUCACCCGCUUCUGCCGCCAACGGGUGGAGAGCCUGCCUCCUCCCGCCUCAGCCACUCGGGCAGAGGAAGGUGCCAGUCCCUGCCGGGAGGGGGUGCAGGGACCCCCCGCCGCUUCGAAGAGGUGUACAGGGGAGGAAGGUGGAGCCCUGGCACAUUGGGCCGAGGAGCCCCCCAGGAAGGGGCCAAGCACCUGCCCACUCAGGGACCAGGGGCCCCCUGCAGCCCAGCCCACCCCCCCAGAGGAGUCCCAGAGGAGCAAGCGGCCCAGGCCGGAGCAGGAAAACCCAGAGAGCCAGGCUCAGAAGAGACCCCGCCCCUCAGCCAAGCCCGCCAUCUUAGCUGAGGCCCAGGGCCAGCUCUCAGCUCCUGGCCUCUCCCUAAAGGAGGCAGCAAAUGUUGUGGUCAAGUGCCUCACCCCUCUCUACAAGGAAGGCAAGUUCGCAUCCAAGGAAUUAUUUAAAGGCCUUGCCCGCCACCUCUCCCACCUAUUGGCUCAGAAGCCGGCUCCUGGAAGGAGUGUGAAAGAAGAGGCCCAGAAGCUCAUCAAGCAGUUUUUCCAUGGCCGGGCCCGCUGCGAGAGUGAGGUGGACUGGCUGGGCCCGGCCUGGGGAGCUGACUGACGGCCCCCGCUGCCCGGGGCCUCUGCCAUGGGGCCAGCCUGUGCCUGCUUGGGAAUGGGGAGGGGCAGGCUGCCACCUCCUGGGGCAUCACCUUCUCUCAGGGUUCUUCUCCCUUCAACCACAGCUCGCCUUGGGGAUAACCCCAGACACCCCCCGAAUUGAGGGCAGGCCCGGACAUUGGCCACCUUUUUCUGCUUGCCUGAGAUUGGUUGCUUUUCUCAGAGCCUCCUGCCUCUGCUGCCCCCUGCGUCUGGGUUUUCUGGGCCGGAUCCCCCAGCUGGAAGGUGGCAAGCGUGACUGCUGGCCAGGGAAAGAGGCGGCAGGCAUGGGCCCUUCUCCUGUUAGCAGUUUAUGUUUUAAGUCAGCGUGAGGCCCGCCUGUCCGAGGCAAUGGGGCUUUCCCUGGAGGAGGCCUUGCUGGCCUCCGGUCCUCCGCCCAUGACGCCCUCCCUGGAGAUGCCACCAGGCUUGCCCGGGUGCAGGGCUGCUGGGGAGGGGGUCAGCAGCCCAGCACUGUCUCCUGCCCCCUCCUGUCAGGAAAGCCAGGUGGAUGGAGAUGUCUACAAUGGAAUAAAAUCCUGUUUGUUCUGACAAACACACACACACUCA